AGUGGAGAGCAUUUGUAUAGGAGUUGCACAGCGCGUCGGACGCACCAGUCGGAGAGACACACCAGCGCACCUACCUGCAGGCAGCUAAAGGAGGACUCGGCACACACAUAGUGAACGCAUCGUCGUGUUCCGCCGCGACCCAAGCGAGAGCGUCGUUACGCGCGUGUGUGUUGUGUAGCCCCGCAGUAGUGCCUUCCAAGCGGUGGGAUCGGCCAGACCGUGUUCGAAACGUCUUCCAGAAAGAUUGUGCGAAAAACGCGUCGAGUGUGAAUUUGCGGAGAAGCUCCCAAAAAAAAAAAUCACGAUCCUACGAAUCAACCCCAGAACGAUCAUCGAACAAACGAACGUAAACAAUCCUUGCGACAGCUAGAAAGGGUGUGACGCGAGUGUGCAAAGUGUGUGUGCGUGCGAGUUUAUAUGCAAGUGAAGACGAAAAUCUGACCCUCCGACACCUUUCACAGGGCCGCGCCAGGGAAAAAAGUGUUAAUCGUGCAUUGCAUCAGCGCUCGGAAACGCACGGCCCACUAAUAAACAUCAAUUUAAGCGGGUGCAACAGUCGCGCAGUGCAUGUGUGCAAUAGCAACAAUUGACAGCAAUUGAAAGUGGCUUGCAGGGCGCAUCGAGGCGUGUGUGCGGAUAAGCCCUUUCCCGAGACCGGCCCGCUACCGAUGAAGAUGAUCAUUUUGUCGAUCUUUCUCGAGAGUCCCGAUUGAUACCAGUGUGUGUGUGUGUGUGUGUUUGUGUUCGUGUAACCCGUGUACUGAUCAGUACUGAAAGAGCGCACCUGUGCACUUGCCCAUUCUUACACUGCCCAUUGCACCAAAGUGACCAAAGUGUUCCAAACAGUGUGUUCACACGUAACGUUUAAGUGAUUGUAGACAGCGCAGGGCGAGGCAGACGACAAAACCGUAAACAAAAUCUCAGGAGCAUUUCUGCUUGUGUGCGUUUGUGUGAUAGUUUGGUUUUGUGAUGGCCAAACCAUUUUCGCUACCCGAACCCGGCCCAGGCGGAGGAUCGUCCUCGUCUGGCGCGGGUCCGCCCGCCAACAACGUGUCUUCCAACUCGAACGCGGCUGCUGGCGGUACCGCUCCCAGCACUCCCGCCCUCCCGAACGGCUCGGGCAGUGGGGCGAGCCAUCCGGCCAAUCCGGCCGGUCCGCUCGGGCAUCCACCGUCCGCUCCGAUCCCAAUGCCCGUACCCACCUCGCCCCAGCAGUACCAUCUGCAGCAGCUGCACCACCACCACCAGCAGCUGCAGCAGCACUACCAGGCGUACCAGGGCCCGCACAGCACGCUGAUGGCCGCACCACCCGGGUCGUCGGUCGCCGUGCCGGUGGAUCCGCAUCUGAUGCUGCCGAUGACACCGCCGCCGAGCGGGUUCGCCACCACCGUCCAGACACCGCAGAUUCCACCGGUGAACGAGCAGCUGGUGCAGGCCCUGUACGAGGCCAUCUAUCGCUGUUCGCUUGGAGAUGUCCCAACAACGCCGCUGUCCCAGUCACCGCCGAGCGCUUCCUGCAGUCCGUUCGCGAACGGUAACUUCUUCGGCUCGGGCCAGGUGUUCUUCCCCCGCACUCCGGCCAAUACCGCCAACGGGCGUAAUGGUGCGCGAGUGUUCUUCCAGCAGACACCGAACCCGGGCCCGCAGUACACUCCGGUGGGCAACUCCCAGUCUCAGCAACAGCCACCGCCCGGGUCCGCAAACAGUCAUUCCAGCAGCAGUGGAGUAAGCAGCUCCGUCGAUACGCCAUCGUGCUCGUCCGGCACGCCGCACUACCAUCAGGGACAGCUUCAGCCGAUCCAGUUCGACUGGCACGACGAUGGAGAUUCGAGCGAGUCGGAAGCGUCCACAUCGCAGGCCACUUCCUCGUCCGGCUGCAGUCCGCACUGUCUCGGGAUGGAUGGCAGUGGACCGAGCAGCUCGUUCAGUACGCCAUCUUCGUCCACCGUCAUGAGUCCGUCCUCGUCCGGUGGUACGCUCUAUGCUGCCGUGCCGCCCCAUCUCGACUACAUGGCCGGCCGGGAGCAGCUGCAGGAGUUCCCGGGCAAGAUCCCGCAGCGUAAACGCAAAUCGCGCACACCAAAGCCGAAGAAACCGGGAUUUCUGGAGCAACCAUUAAUGUGGCAGAUGGCGGUUACCGCGGCGCUCAUUGUGCUCGGCUGUGGAUAUCUGGCGGCAAGGUGAACCGACGGCAGCAAACGCUUGUCCCAAGUUAGCUCACAGAGCCGUUGGACAAGACAAACCAGCAAGGGAGCAGGACCCUUAACUCCACACCAUAUCCCCAUCCCAUCCCCGACUGGAGCGCUGGAUUUCUGGAAUUGAAGCAAAAGUGUCAUUUCUGUGUGCCGAAAGAUGUGUCCCAGGCUGAGCGAAGAAAGAGAAAAGCAAAAACUCGUUGGUUUAGAACUUACACCGUGAUAAAAAAAAGAUAUAAGAAUAACGAAGCGCAAAUCGAAGAAUCAGUGUGUGGAGGAAGCGAAAGGAAAAACUCAUAUUGGUCUCAACUUGCAAACGUGCGAGUAAUUUCACCAAAUAGCGUUAGGGAACAGUUUCUCUCCUGUCCGAUAAGUGCCACACUUUUCCAAAUGUGCCUGUUGCACACGCAAGAUCCGAAGAACUCGGCAAAGUAAGAGGAAAGCGAAGCUUGAAAAGACCCAACCCGGACUAUAUGUUUGACAUUCUCUGUACAUCCCGAUCUCGAGCCGAGUGCAGUCCCGAUCGAUCGAAGACGAUCCUUCACGCGUUCAUUGUUGCAUUUUAAAGCUGUUUGCCUUUUUUUUGUUUACAAGCACCGUGCGAUAGGACAGGACACUGAAGGCGCAACUUUUCUACCCUGCAAAAGGGAUCUUACGAAGGAGCAGAAACACUUACCAGCUGAUUUACAGCUUACCAGGAUAGCGUUAGGCAAUUUCUAUUUUCGGGAACUAGUGCAUAGCGAACCAUACAUAAGUAAGGUGGCGGCAAACCGACGAUGUGUAGUGUGUAAUAUUAAAGUUAAGACCGUGUUGCGUGUAAGCUUAGUAGCAGUAUUACAGACAGACGAAGGACGCGCCCCGGGGCCGUUAAGCUUUUUUAAAAAAAAAUGAUUUUUUAUCCCAGAUUUCGUGCAACGAUGCAUUUCAAACUACGCGCGUUUCGGUAGCGCUUAAGGAACGUGGUGCGCGGCCAUCGAGUUUCGUUUUAACACUUCCGUUUUAACCCAAUAACAUUACGUUCGAUCUCUUUGUUGUACAUGUUUAUACCUCCCUCGGAACGAAAGCUUUUCCUCAAAGUUAAUCGAAUCUGUUUCUCUCUUUCCAUUUCUGCCAUUUUGCAACCACCCGACAAGCGAGUGUGGGUUAGGUUUAGAAGUAGGAAAUGCUUGUAUUGUAUCUCAGCCGGGGAGUAUAUACUUGUAUCCAGUAUCAAUUUUUUUUUUUUUUUGGUUUAGCUUGAUUCAAAUGAUGAUCUUCACGUAGAAUAUAGAAUGAUUUUACCGGCGUUUUUUACAACAAUCUAGCUAAAGUUAUUUUAACGUUUAUUUCCACCCUUACAUGGGAUUUCGUCCGAUUCAACUCAGUUGUAAAACACACCACAACGGUUUAUCAAAUCGAAAGCCAUACAUUUUAGGCUCCAUAGUCCAGGGCAUCGUGUUGCAGUUAUCGGAAUGACUUACAAGAAAUUGUAAAAGUGUCCUGCGGACUUGAGAUAAAUCGGAAAACCCUGUAAGACAGCAUUUGCCAUUGGGAGAGUCGAAUCGAAAUGAGACAAGGUAGCAGAAGCAAUAAUGGUUUACCAGGUAUCCAUUGAAUAGGCAGCAGCAUUUUUCAGUGUAUUUAGCAAAGGAGAGGAUGAUAACUGUGCGUUUAAUGAGAAAAGGUAAAAACGCACUGAAGAAUAUAUCUUCCUCAAACCAUCUUGUACAUGAAAAAAUCAUCCACCGGAUGGCGAUAAAUCGUGAAGCAACAGUGCCAACGCGUGAGGACGUGAGAGAAAAGCAUGCAGCAGCAUUCAGCUGCUGUAGAUAGAAAUUUAGCAUAAUUUGGUACAAUUAAGUGCUUUUGGAUCAAUUCGCCCGAUGCAUGGCCACAUUCGGACGCACAACUCCAUGUGCCUUCAGGAAUGUUGAUGUUUCUGUUCUUUUUUUAUAUAUCUUACAUUUAAGGCAUUCUAUAAGCUAAGUGUGAUUCGAAAGACAGUGAGAGGGUAAAUAGCUACAAGAUAUGAAGCGCUCGAAGUAUAGUUAAAUUCGUUACAAGGAGGAAUGUUACUGUUGUAAUUCGUUAUCAGACACAGCAAUCAAAUCAAAAAGCCCGUAGCGCAAAAAAGCUACAUAAAGAGAGAGAGAGAGAGAGAGAGAGAGAGAGAGAGAGAGAUAGAGAGAGAGAGAGAGAGAGAGA